GACUGUCUUCAGACAGAACAUGGCUGUCCUGUCAGAAGACCAAUGAGGAAAAAAGCUAAUUUUGCAUAAUCGAUCUUAUUUUUACGUCGUUUCUGGCCAACUGAACGCCGUGGAGAGAAGUUAAAGAGAGGUUUUCGAGAUGAGCGGUUUGCCAGAUAGAAUGGCAAAUGGCCCAAGCAGCAAUGAAGACUUCGAGAAAGAUGCACAGAUUUGGGAGAGACCGUGGACUCUUGAACAGAUGCGGCAGACGAGUUCCAACUGGUCACUGGCAGCUGACUCGGGUCUUUUCCUGUUCCUGCAAGACUUCUCCCAGAGAAUGCUGUCGAAAACACACGAGAUUGAAAAGCAGCUAGACAGUCUGAUCCGUGACACCAAGGCCACAGACAGCUGCUUACACUCUGUGUUUAAUGACUUCCUCAUGCUUUCCAAUACACAAUUCAUCGAAAAUAGAGUGUAUGAUGAAGAAGUAGAAGAAACUAUCACCAAGGUUGAUGCUCUGGAGAAGCAGCCUGAGCAGGAAAAGACUCGAGAGCAGAAAGAAGCCGAGUUGAUACCUAAAAUGCAAGAAGCCGUGAACUAUGGCCUACUGGUGCUGGAAUCUGCGUUUGAGCAUUUAGACAUCAAAGCUGGAAAUUCUGACUCAGAAGAUGAGGAGGUCACAGACAGAGUGGAGGCCAUCCUGGAGCCCAAGGAUCUUUACGUGGACAGGCCUCUUCCUUAUCUCAUUGGUUCUCAAGCCUUCAUGGAGCAAGAUGAUGUUGGACUUGGAGACCUUUCUAGCGAUGAAAUGUCAGUUGACAGAGACAGUGUUAUUGAGAGUGAAGAUGAUAAAGAAGCAGUUCAAUCAGAUGAUGACUUUAACCAGGAUGUGGAUGAAGAUCACAUCAGUAAUAAGAAGAAGACCUCCUUGUUGAGCUAUGAAGACGAUGAUGAAGAAGAUCGGGAUUCUGAUAUAUUUGGAGAGUCAGACAAAGAUGACGACGACGAUGAUGAUGUAAAGUCUUUAUGUCACAUUCAGAAUGCCGUCCCAUCAUCCUUCACUGAUGAGCUUGCAGCCCGAAUCAAAGGUGAACCAAUUAACAAACCAGAGGGAGAUCACAAGGCAUUGAUAACUAAGAAGAAAAGUAAAGGCAGAAAAGAAUCAAAGCCUCCAGAGCCGCAGGCAGCUGACAAUGACAGCGAUGACAUGUUUAAGCCACCAAAGAUGGACGAUGAUGACUUUUCUCCAUUUGGGGGGAAAAGUGGCCUCUUUAGCGGAGGAAAAGGCCUGUUUGACGAUGAUGAUGAGGGUGAUCUUUUCUCUGAAGCUUCAAAGCCUGCUGUGUCACAAGAGAAAGCACUACAAGAAAACACAAAAAGCACACCUCACAGGGCAGAAAACAACCUUUUUGGCUCAGAAAAUGAAUCUGAUUCAUUAGAGAAAAAGGAAAAUGGAACUCCAGGUCCAAUAACCCACCCAAUGUCAAAUCCAAGUCUGAGAGGUGGUAGCUUUGCUGUAGCAGGAGGAGGACUAUUUGAUGAUGAAGACGAUGACUUCUUUAGUGGUCAAAGCCUGAAAAGUACUAGCUCUGAAAAACCCAAAAAGGCUAUAGACCUUUUUGAUGAAGACGAAGAGCAUGGCGACAUAUUCAGUGACAAAUACAGUGCUUCAAAUCAGAACAAAAAGGAGGACGCAGAAGCGAAAGCCAAACCACCUGAGAAAAAGAUGCCAGCAGGAGCUGUGUCUUUGUUUGGUCCUGGGACUAAAAGCUUGCUCACUGAGGGUCUGAAAAAACAUCAGCUAUCUACCAGCGAGGAGCCUGAGAAACCUGGAGAGAACGGAUCUCCUCCAGCUGUUGGUAAGGCUGCUGUUAAGCCGAUUCAGAAACCUCAAGCCAGAGGCCUGUUCUCUGAUGAUGAAGAUUCAGAGGUGUUUCCAGCACUAUCGCAGAACCAGUCUAAACUUAGGCCUUCAAGCGAGGCCAAAAUCAGCAAGGCCCCUCUGUCAUUAUUUGAUGAUGAAGAAGAGGAGGAUCUGUUUGGAUCUGCAACAAAGUCUAACCCAAAUCCAACUAAAGCUUCCACACCACAACCCAAGAAGACAGCCUAUAGCUCCCUCUUCAGUGAUGAUGAGGAUCAGGGGAUCAGCUCUAAAAGUAGUACGGGGAAAUCAGAGCUCAUUAUAGGAGGGAUGAAGUCCAGUGCCAGUGCCCCUUCCAAUCUCCCCAGUGCCAAAGUACCUCCUAAAAGCAGCCUCUUUGAUGAUGAUGAUGAGGAUGAUGACCUGUUUGCACCAACAAAAGAGACAAGUCAGAAGCCACAGCAAGGUGCUCUCUUGUUUGAAGAUGAGGAUGAUGAAGAUAAAGGAUCUUUCUUUGACGUGAAACCUACUGUUAACACAAGUACUGCAAGCCCUGCUACUAAAUCUGUCACUAUGGCCUCUCAGUCCCCCUCAGAAAUGUUUUCAGAAGACCAGCCUUCAGAAGCCAAGGAGAAGCCAACAGUAAAAAAAGAUCCAUUCAUGUCAUUGCCGCCACCAGUUAACGCUGAAAGCAAAAAGAAACCCGCCGGAGCUGUCAGUCUGUUUGGAGGCAUUGACGUUCUUGUCAACAAACAAAUCAAAAGCCCAUUGGUGGAAGGUGACAGUGACGACGUCUUCCUCUCGCAAGCCAGUCCACCACCACCAAAUGUUAAAAAGCAAGAGGAGAGGAAGGAAGAGAAAGUCAAACCAAACACUGUUAGUUUGUUUGAUGAUGAUGAUAAGGAAGAUGAAUCAGAGUGGAAUGAUCCAGUAUUCAGCUCCAGUAAACCCAUGUCUACAGACACUAAAAAACCUGCAGAGGCGCAGCAGCAGAAAAAGAGCACAGGAGUGUUCCAGGAUGAGGAGCUGCUCUUCAGUCACACACAGCAGAAAGACAAUGACCCAGAUGUUGACCUGUUUUCCACUUCAGGGAACCCUACAGCAAAACUCAGCUCAGUGAAGGCAGCAAUACCAAGUCUAUUUGCAGAUGAUGAGGAUGAUGAUGACCUCUUCAGCUUCGUCAAGCCCAAAGUGCUUCCUCCGAAAGUAGCAGAAAAACCCAGCAAGACAGCUGAGAGACCAGCUGUGAAAGUACCAAGUUCUGUCUCUGUACCAGAGAGUCUGAAACCUGCAUCAAGUCCUGUAAAAGCUAAAGAAACCUCAUCAAGGAUUGGGAAACUUCAAGCCAAUCUGGUAAUCAACCCGUCUGCUUUGCUUCCUGGUGCUGUUCCAAGUAAGCCAGGGGGUGUUGGUGUCCUCCCUGGCACUGCUCAGAGUUCUUCUUCUGGGGUGUCCAGCUGUAGCUCAACUCCCACAACUCCUGUGUGUCUCCAGGCAGAUAGUGAGGCAGGGGUGAGCUUUGACACCCCGGUUCAAGUCACAACAUUGCAGAGCACACACAAGAGUCGUACCAAAGGGUCUGCGCAUCGUAGGCCUCAGUCUAGAGCUGCAAGACAGCAAGCAGCCCAAAGAUCUGUGGAGGAUCGAGAAGACAGAGGUGAUCUAGAACAGACCCCAAGCCUGUCCGACUUAAACUUGCCAGCAUUAGGAAAGUCUAAAUACACUCAUGGCAGUCCGAUACAACCAAAGUCAACUGUAGCAACAACAACCACCUCACAUUCUCAACCUUCAUUCACUGAAAUCCCCCCCAGGCCGUCCGUGCUGACAUUGCCGGGAUACACAAACCCUGAAAAGAAAGAUGCUAGCAAAGAGAACACCACUACCCAGGUACUACUUUCUCCAGAUGCGGACAACCUCUUCGGUUCAGACAGUAUCACUGGUGCCACCUCGGCUCAGAAAACCCACACAGCCUCCACCAGAGGCACUACAAAGACUACACAAAGCAGUAAAGGCUCAACGCCGAAGAACAAAGAUAAAACUCCACUCUCUAUUUUUGAUGACAGCAAUGAUGACCUUUUCAAAAAGGUCAAGCCACGUCCUUCGACCAAGAAAGCUGAUGCCCCUUCAUUUUUGGAAGAUGAUGAUGAUGACAUCUUUGGCAUGAGCAACAGCUCCACACCCACAUUAUCUAUUAGUGAAGAUAUCAACAGCAGCAAUGGUCUGUCAAAGCAAGAUAUCUCCAAGGAUGAAGUAGCUGCUGUGCCUAAACCUCACAAGAAUCACAAAGAAAAGCCCAUUGAUUCCAGUUUGUUUGACGACAACAUUGAUAUUUUUGCUGAUCUAAUGGAUACUGUAAAUCCCAAGCAGACAUCCAAAAGAAAAGGCGAGACCAAAUCUAUUUUUGAUGAUGACAUGGAAGAUAUCUUCUCAACAAGCACAGUAAAAUCUUCAGUGAAGGCUCCUCCCAAAUCAAAGAAAACACCAGCAUCCCAAGAGCCCAGGUCAACAGGAGACUUCAGUGACAUAUUUGAUGAUCCACUUAAUGCUCUUGGUGGGAAAUGACCUGUUUUUUUUGUUGUUUUUUGGUGGGGUGGCGGGCAGUUUUAUGCAAUUUAUGUUGAAUGGAGCAAAAAUUGCCAGUUGGCUACACUGUUAAUAUUUAUUCAUAUAAAUGCUUAUAUUAAACUGGUUUGAGAGGUACACAUAAAUGAAAAGGAUUUUCAUUGUCUUCUCAUUUCGUCUCUCAUCCAGAUCAUAUUAUGUAACUGUUAUUAAAUGCAGUUUCUGUAAUCUACAUGAUAGCACUUUAUAAGCAAACUAUGUGCUUUGUCUCAAAGCCUGCAGAAAUUACAAGUAAUUUGUUUUGAAGAUUUUUUUUUUUCCCCUCUGCAUUUUGAGAUUCAACAUCUUUGAGUAUGUGCCAUAUCAUGUUUGACAGAUCAGUGUUUGCUUACUGCCGUAGCCAUUUUGACUUUUUUUUUUUUUAUUAAUAUGAAAUUCAUACAUUUCUUAACUUUGCCUGUGAUGAAAACAUAAUUCUUUUUUUAUAGCUAAAAAGAGGUUUUAUUUUAUCUGGAACAUGCGUGAUCAAUUCGCACGUCCUCUUGCUUUUUGUGUCUCGCCAUAGAAAUAUUGAUCAUUAUCUACUUAUAAGCAGAUGUCUGUUUCAAACUUUAGUACUGUGUAUUAAUACAAUUUCAGCAUACUUUUUGGAUGAUUCAGGUUCAUCUGUUUUGUCAAAGUUGGUAUUAAAUAAAUAAAAGUGGGAUUUGA